AUGGUAUUUUUCAGGAGUCUGCAAGUGCUGCUGGGCUUGGGGCUCGGGUUCUGUUCAGCAUAUGGUGUGACAGAGCAGCCCGACCCCAGCCCGGGGGUGGGCACGCACUGCUGGGGAGCCCGCGUGCUGACAGAGGCCGGCACCCUCCAAGCAGGCCUUGUUCCCUACAGGCAGCAGCAUCAGCUGGAGCUGGAGGCAGCCCACGUGCCUGGGGCUGUGCUGCCGGAGCUGGUGGAGGCAGAGCUGGAGAAGAAGGAGCAGGCGAGGAGACGAGGGCUCGCCUUCUGGAUGAAGACAAUCUGCCUCAUCUUCGUCAGCCUCCUGCUGCUGCUCGUUGCCGUGCUGGGCUCUGCAGUGCUGUACGCCCAGCACUAUGACCAGGAGCUGUUGUAUCGGCUCCUGCUGCGAGUGCUGCCCCAGGCAAUGUACGCUUCCCCGGCGUACUUUGCGAGCAGGAGCCUGCGUGUCGUCUGUGAUGGGCUGCUGCCCAUCUGACCGCCCCUCUCAGUCCCCCCUCCCAGCUCGGGGCUGCGCAGUGGUGGGGUGCAGGGAGAGAGCUCUGUCCCCACGGAAGGGGCCUCUCCUGUGCUCCUGCCCCCAGGGGCGCACAGGCACAGCUGUGGGGCAGUGCCGGCAGGCGGCUGAGUGCCACCACUUUGGACUUACAAAUAAGUUGGUACUGUCGUCGUCAACUGAACACCACCACCUCCGACGACCCAUCAGACUGAAGAUGUGCACCUGACGCCAGGACGUGGCUUCUUGGAUUCUUUGAGUCUUCGUAGCAAUUUCCUUCAGCUGGUUACCUGUAAGGCUUAUGAAUUGUAAUUAGCCCAUUAGGCAAUGUUACCUCCAGUGGGCUGUUGUCAGUUGUUAAGAACGCUGUCAAUAAAUGGAUGUGUAUUAA